GCAGCGUGGAAUUGAGCGGAAACACAGGCGAAACACAAUGCACGUGUGCUGGCUAGUGAGCAAAGACAGAACCUGUCAGCGAAUUAAACUGCCGCACUUUGAAAUGGUGGUGAUAGGGCGUGGCCCCGAAACGGAGAUAACAGACAAGAAAUGUUCAAGAAGACAAGUACAGCUAAAAGCAGACUGCAACAAAGGGUAUGUCAAGGUUAAACAGAUAGGUGUCAACCCAACCAGUAUUGAUCUAGUGGAUAUUGGCAAGGACCAGGAAAUCAAGCUGAAGCCAGGUCAAGUUCUUCAUAUUGUCAAUAAACUGUACCCAUACACUGUGCAGUUCUGGAAUGAAAUGGGAGCAUGUGUUGGACGGGAGGCAGCGGAACCAAAAGCUGAAAAAAGGCCACAGGAUGAAUCCGAGAAUAACAAUGUGGAAAGCAUGCCAGGAAAACAUGCAAAAAUGGACCCACAAGGCUGUGCUUCAUGUUUCGAGCUGAAUGAUGGCAAUAGUUCUGUUUGUUCAUGCGAAAGCUCUUCUAGCACAAUGGUAGGUUUACAGUACUGGACUCAAGGUUUGAAGGUUUCCAUGAAAAACCCAGCUAUGCAGGUUUACAAGGACGACAAGGCUGUUGCUAUAAAAGAUAAGUACCCCAAAGCUCGCUAUCACUGGUUAGUGUUGCCGUGGCAGCCCAUCUCCGCUUUGAGUGCAGUAACUCAGGAGCAUCUGGAGCUGCUAGAACACCUGCACGCUGUUGGAGAAAUGAUCAUCCAGCAGUGCCCUGAGAAAGACACCUUGCGCUUCAGACUGGGCUACCACGCCAUUCCCAGCCUGAGCCACCUACAUCUUCAUGUCAUCAGCCAGGAUUUUGAUUCCGAAUGGUUCAAAACCAAAAGGCACUGGAAUUCUUUUACAACAGGCUACUUCUUUGACUCCAAAGAUGUGAUUAUGAUGGUAAAGAAGAAAGGAAGAGUAACUGUAGACAAGAACACUCCCGAGCUCCUGAAACUGCCUCUGAAGUGUCACGUGUGCAAACAACAGCAAAAGACUAUCCCUCAGUUAAAGGAACACCUUAAGAAACAUUGGCCAAAAUGAUUUGGGGAAUCUAUACCCAUUUCCACUUGCUACCGUUUUAUUGUUUAUGGAGUUAACUGAAUUCCAAUUCACUUAUGGUAUGCAGACCAUACUAAGUUGUCUUAUUAAAUGCACACAAUUGUGAGUAUUUAAAAUUACAUGUAACUUAGUGUGUAAAAUUGCUGAUGGGAUUUUUUUUAGGAUGACUGUUAUGCAUAGGAAAGAUGUGGGUAGGCAAAUCUCUUAUACAGUGGGCCAUACCUGACAGCCAUGGCACACCUAUGUGCUCGAUUGAAAAUAAGCUAUUUAUAAUUAGUUGACCAGCCAAAGUGGGGCCUGCAGCUUAAUUUAUCUGUUGGCAUCCUCUGUUUUUUCUAUAUUUUUCUUGUUACACAGUAACUCUCUUGACCGUGGAAAUGUGGCAAUGAGAUUUGCUGACUUUCAGGUCAGCAUUCUACAAGUUUGAAGCCCUGCACCCAUUUUCAAUGCUGGGUAGAAGAGAGGGAAAAAGCAAAAUAUAAUGAGAUCUAUAUCUCAGACUGAAACUGUCUGUAUUGGCUGUAUACAUUUAAGACACCCUUCUAAGUUUCCAAACUCCAGUUCUACUUCUGCACCAAUUUCAAAUCAAUAUGAUAUCUGGCUUCAAGAUAUUUUUUUGAAGUUUGAAUAGUCUUGAACCCUGCACUUGGGGUGUAUUUCUCACCAAAUUCAUGGCUACCAUGAAAGUUUAUUUUAUUUAUUUAUAAGGGGAUGCUUAUCCUACUUCUAAGAAACACUUACAGUUGCUAACAAUUAAAACAGAGCAAAACAAAAUUCAAAAAAACAAGACUGACGCAGGCAAGGGUUGUAUCCAGACAAGGCUUUUAUUGUGAAGUUAUCCUGUCUCGUUCAUGGAAUUUUGUCGUAUUCAAUUUUGUAAUUUUUCUGUGCUUUUGCAAUGCUUUGUUUGCCUCCCCCUGUCCGCCAACCUAUACGCCAAAUCCA